AUGAAGGAGGAGGAGGAGGAGGAGGAGGAGGAGGAGGAGGAGGAGGAGGAGGAGGAGGAGUUAAAGACCAAAGGAGUGAACCACCUCCUCAUCAACAGAAGACCAGGAGAUGAACCACCUCCUCAUCAACAGAAGACCAAGGAGAUGAACCACCUCCUCAUCAACAGAAACCAAGGAGAUGAACCACCUCCUCAUCAUCAGAAGACCAAGGAGUAUGAACCACCUCCUCUUCAACAGAAGAACAAGGAGGAUGAACCACCUCCUCAUCAACAGAAGACCAAGGGAUGA